UUGAACGCAGUAGGCAACACGCUUUUUCCUUCCAGGCUUCCGUAGAAGCCUUGUGGCUUUUGGCGCCGGCCCUGCAGUGCAGCAGAAAAGAAAUAGACCAAAGACUGACCGCGUGGUAAGGAGGCCUAACUGAAUCAGUUUUUGUUGUUUUUUUGGGUCACAACAUGGGUAAGAAACAGAAGAGUAAUGUGAAGAAGGAUUCACUGGAGACACAGGAGGAACCUGAGGAAUUUGUUGUGGAAAAAGUGCUUGACCAACGUGUUGUUAAUGGGAAAGUAGAAUUCUACCUGAAGUGGAAAGGAUUUACAGAUGCUGACAAUACCUGGGAGCCUGAAGAGAACCUGGACUGUCCAGAGCUGAUUUCAGGGUUUUUGGAAGCUCAGAAGAACGUUAAGGAGAAGCCAGCUCCUGUUAAAAGGAAGGCAUCAACAGAUGAGCCAGAGACUGAAGCCAAGAAGAAAGAUGCUGCUGAGAAACCACGUGGCUUUGCAAGGAACCUCGAACCAGAACGGAUCAUUGGUGCAACAGACAGUAGCGGGGAGUUGAUGUUCUUGAUGAAAUGGAAAGACUCGGAUGAAGCUGACUUGGUCCCUGCCCGUGAGGCCAACACUCGCUGCCCUCAGGUUGUCAUUUCCUUCUAUGAGGAGAGGCUGACAUGGCAUUCCUGUCCAGAGGAUGAAGUUCAGUAGUACUUCCCUGCAAGCCCUUGCACCACUUAUGCCCUUUUUUCAGGACUGAAUUCUCUCCUUUGUCUUGCCUUCCAGUUUGGUUAGCUUGGUUAUUUUUUUUUAAGCCGUCACAUUGGGUGGCAGUCAAGGAGAGCUGUGUUGUACAUAUUAGCUGAACUGAUUGUGCAAGUGAUGGUGUUUUGAUGUUCAAUGAAGUCUUCUGUUGUUAAUAUUUAUUUGAUGGCAGUUUUGAAACCAUAUUCUUAGAGAAAAGCCAACACCACCUGUAUUCAUACCUGAUCAAAUUUGGUGAAAUAUAAAUACCUACUCUGAUCAGUUAAGCUUAUGUAUCAUCUCAUGCCGGAUUCUGAUUUUUGUCUUUUUCCCACACUAGUGCUGAUGUUUUGUUCUAAAAGUGCAUUUUGUAUACUUAGCCUGUAAAUAUUAUUUGAAGUUCUAAUAAAGGUUUUAUGUGACCAAUU